GCAAAGGCCGGCAAGGCGACGGCAGGAGCGGGUCUUUCCAGGCUGGACACCCCGCCCCCGCCCCCGAGCUCCCCAGGGGAGCGAGGGCGGGAAGACAGCCCCCGGGCCGGCCCACAGAUCCUCAGAGGGCGCGGGCCUGGAGGAGGCGCCCCAGAAGGCGGCGCCUCGCGGAGGAAGUUUCUCCUCUAACUGCAGAGCGGGGUGCGCCGUGGCCGCGACCUCGGGAGCUGUCGGCGCCGCCGGGGGGCACCGCCCGCACCGCCGCCAUGGGCGGCUCGGCCUCCAGCCUGCUGGACGAGGGCAAGUGCACCUACAUCCGAGGGAAAACUGAGGCUACUAUCAAAAACUUCAGUCCCUUUUAUAGUCGCCAGUAUGCUGUUGCUUUCUGCAAUCAUGUACGCAGUGAAGUAGAACAGCAAAGAGAUUUAACAUCACAAUUUUUGAAGACCAAGCCGCCACUGGAGCCUGGAACUGUUUUGUAUGAAGCAGAGCUAUCACAGUUUGCUGAAGACAUAAAGAAAUGGAAGGAGCGGUACAUUGUGAUUAAAAAUGAUUUUGCUGUGGAGAGCUAUGAGAACAAAGAGGCCUAUCAGAGAGGAGUGGCUCCUAAAAGCCGAAUUCUCCCAGCUGGUGGCAAGGUGUUAACUUCAGAAAAUGAAUAUAAUUUGUUAUCUGAUCGGUUUUUUCCAGACCCUCUUGCACCCAGUGAAAAGGAGAAUGCUCAGCCUUUUGUGGUCUUGCCCAAGGAGUUCCCAGUGUACCUGUGGCAGCCGUUCCUCAGACAUGGCUACUUCUGCUUCCAUGAGGCCACUGACCAGAAGAAGUUCAGCGCUCUUCUGAGCGACUGCAUCAGACAUCUCAAUCAUGAUUACACGAAGCAGAUGACGUUUGAAGCCCAAGCCUUUUUAGAAGCUGUGCAGUUCUUCCGGCAGGAGAAGGGACACUAUGGCUCCUGGGAAAUGAUCACUGGGGAUGAAGUCCAGAUCCUGAGUAACCUGGUGAUGGAGGAGCUCCUGCCAACCCUCCAGACGGACCUUCUGCCUAAAAUGAAGGGGAAGAAAAAUGACAGAAAGAGAGCCUGGUUCGGUCUCCUGGAGGACGCCUACAACCUGGUUCAGCAUCAAGUUUCAGAAGGAUUAAGUACCUUGAAGGAGGAAUGCCGAACUCUGACGAAGGGCCUGGAGGGCACCAUCCGUUCAGACAUGGAUCAGAUUGUGAACUCAAAGAACUUUUUAAUUGGAAAGAUCAAAGCCAUGGUGGCCCAGCCCGCAGAGAGAAGCUGUGCAGAGAGUGUGCAACCAUUCUUGGCGUCCAUUCUAGAGGAGCUCAUGGGGCCAGUGAGCUCAGGAUUCAGUGAAGUACGCUCACUCUUUGAAAAAGAAGUGGAUGAACUUAGCCAGAAAUUUCAGACCACCAAAGACAGCGCUCAGCUUAAGGAGCAUCUAGGCCAGCUCAUGAAUCUUCCCCUGGAUUCCUUGAAGAUGGAACCGUGUUAUAGUAAAGUCAACCUGCUUCAGGAGCGCUUGCAGGAUCUCAAGAGCCGCUUCAGAUUCCCCCACGUGGAUCUGGUGGUCCAGAGGACACAGAACUACAUGCAGGAGCUAAUGGAGAAUGCAGUAUUCACUUUCGAGCAGUUGCUUUCCCCACACCUCCAAGGAGAGACCUCUAAAACUGCAGUCGCCAUUGAGAAGGUUAAGCUCCGAGUCUUAAAGCAAUAUGAUUAUGACAGCAGCACCAUCCGGAAGAGGAUAUUUCAAGAGGCACUGGUUCAAAUCACACUUCCCACCGUGCAGAAGGCACUGGCAUCCACGUGCAAACCAGAGCUCCAGAAAUAUGAACAGUUCAUUUUUGCAGAUCACACCAAUAUGAUUCAUGUUGAAAAUGUCUAUGAGGAGAUUUUACAUCAGAGCCUCCUUGAUGAAACUCUGAAAGUGAUAAAGGAAGCUGCUAUCCUGAAGAAACACAACUUAUUUGAAGACAAUAUGGCCUUGCCCAGCGAAAGUGUGUCCAGCUUAACUGAUAUCAAAACCUCUGCAGGGUCAAAUCAGGCCAGCCCUGCCAGGAGAGCCUCGGCCCUUCUGCCAGGAGUUUCAGAUAGUGAAACGCUAAGUAACGAAGUAUUCCAGGAAUCAGGGGAAAAGAAGCAGCCUGGGGUCUCUAGUCCGUUGGCCAAAGAAGAAAGCCUUUCUUUCCCUGUCCCCACCCCUCCCCCAGUUGGGACCGGACAGAUGAUUAUUUCAGGCAUGGAUGGCCCUCUUGUAGAUCUCGUGACUGCAGAGGACACAGCAGGAGCCCUGGGCACACACUCGUCAGAGCUGGAGUUUGGAGGGGCUCCUAAGGACGGAGAACCUACCCACGAAAAGCCAGAAUCCAGUUCUGCCUCGAGCUCCUUAAAGGAGCUCAGAAAUUUGUUGACGGUGACCAUUGAAGUACCAGUGGAAUCUUCCACCCUCGAGAUUGAAGAAGAUACAAAUGAAGAGACCCUUGCUCCCCAAGAAAUGGAAAAAUUAGAGGAAACAACCCCAACCUACACAGAGGCCAAUCAAGCAGCUGCCUCCAGUCAGGACAGCUGUGAAGAGAGUGAGAUCAGUGGGAGGGAGGCCCAUCCUCCCCCUCUGGAGGCAGAGGCCAGCAGGGAGGAGUUGGGGGGAUUUCUGGGGGCUGAGCUGGCCCGUGAAGGGCUCAACCCUGGUGCCAGCAGCCCAGACCCCACAGAGCAGCAAGCAGAAGCUGGGGAGCCCACUGAGGGGGAGAUCCAGGGGAGAUCUUCCAGCCUGGAUGCCCAGGAUGAAAGAGGGGCUGCGUCCAUUGUGGAGGAUGAGGCCAGGCCACAGGAAGAUUGCACUUCCGGUGCUCACCAUACCUGCCCCAGUGAGAGCCCAGUUUCUGUGGAAGAAACCCUGGGAGGGACCAGCAGCAUGACCCAGGCUACUACCAGUGUGAAGACAGAGGAGAUUAAGGCUGCCGGUGUUCAUGAGUGCCAGUGGGUGGUAGAGAAUGCUCCAAACAUCGAUCUGCUAGGUUCACCAGAUUUGGGGGAAAGUACCCCAGAGCAGCCCUCCGAAGAGUGAAAGGGACAAUUUGGCCUAAGUAUUUCUUUGUUCAAACUCAGCCAAAGGUUAAUAGUUAUGGGUAUGCUUGGGGAUUGCACACAAGUUAUUACCAAAAAAGAAAUAAAUAAAUAAGUACUUCCUUAACGUGUGUCAUGAAACCAGAGGAAAUGCACACAGAGCAUGCAUAGUGAGGCAGACCUCUGUGGGAUUGAAGUGUUCUACCCUGAAUUACCGCUUUAGCAUUUUAGUGGGAAGUGUUUAGGGUGAGAGGCAGCUGUGGAUGUCUAAGGGAGGCAGUGGUGUUCCAGCAAAGAUGAAGAAAACAGUAGAAGCCCAGUUUCCAAUACACUGCACAUCUUCCUCUAAUGUCCUUCAAGGCUUUUUAAUUUUUGGUAAGAAUGCAAAUGUUUAUUUUAAAUCAAGCUUCACCAUCCACUCAAGCAACUUCACUGUCUCUGAAAGACUCAGCAUUCAUCCACAGUCAGGCCACCGGAAAGGGUGGGUGGUGAACACCGAUCACCCUGCUGUGGGCAGCCCCAUAGACCCUGAGAGAUUACGCCUGAGAGCACCCAGGGGGACGCUGAACACAAUCAGAGGAAAGUUGUGGUCUGUGGGACUGUCUGAGCUUGUUACUGAUUCUACUAUCAAUUUCUUGUUAAUUAAUUGUGUUGAUUCUUAUUAAUUAAUCACCUUUUGGGGAAAUUCAGAGGAGGCAAGAAAAUUUCCUUGGCAUGUUUAAGCCUGAAAGCAUUCCAAAUUAGCCUUAGACUGUGCAGGGGGCCCUUAGCUAAUUCUUAAGCAUAAAAGACUACCAAUUAAGCAAGCAUUAUUUGAGUAGCUACUGUAUGCCGUGUGCUGUGCUAGGCAUAGUGACAACAGCAACAACAACGAAAGAAGAAGAAAGAAGAAGAAGAAGAAGAAGAAGAAGAAGAAGAAGAAGAAGAAGAAGAGGAGGAGGAGAUAAGGUGCUUUGGCACAAAUUAAAAGACCUAUGGGAAUUAAAAGAAAAACAUAUGUCAAUUUUCAAACCAUCAUAACUUUCUAUCCAUCGAAGCAGUCCUGGUUCAUUCCCAGAAGAGGAAGAAAGUGAAUAAAUGGGAAAGGAAGGAAGCAAGGAAGGAAUGAAGGAAGGACAAGAAAGAGAAAAGCCAAGAUGUACAGCAUCAAGUUCCAAAGACAUCACCCAAAGUGGAAAUCAUUUGUCUGGUCAUUCAGCAAGUUAACUGAGUCCCUAUUAUGUCCCAGGUGCUAGAGAUACUGUAGUGAAAACGACUCUGUUCCUCCCUCCUGGAACUUACACUUCAAUGGAAAGAGACACAGAUACUUCUCAAUGGAUCCUGACCAAUAAAUGUUUAUGUUAAAGGACUUACUUGCAGGAGAUUAAAAACAUAGGUUCUAUUAUCCUUCAUUUCCUAAAAGCUCCAGUCUCAGAUACUACCUCUUGACAUUUCCUUCCACAAAUAUUAAUGUUAGAUCCCAACAUACUGUCCUAAAAGCUUACUGUGAUCAGCAGCAGCAAGUUUAUGUCAGUUGUUUAGAGACUUUGUCCCAUGGUUUAACUCUUUUACCAGGAAUUAAAAUAUUUCUCUGUCCACCUCCCCAUGAAGAAUUUCCAGGAGAUAAAGAAUGAAGAAUAAUCAGUAUCAUCAUAGUCUCAUAUUGAAUUGUUUUCACUUCUCCUAGAGUGUUUAGAUCUUCACAUCUAUGCAGAGUCUCCUUAUAGAGAGAGAGAGGGUGGAGGCUACUCCUCUCAGGUCCCCGCAGUACGCAAUGCUCACUCAUAUCCUUGCAUUUAGCGCAGAGUACUGAAAUUAUGUUUACUGGCCGUCUCUCCUGGGACCCCUCUCUUCGAGGACAGAAAUUGGGAUUUAUUAAUGGUGUGUGCUUCCUGCUAGAGGUACACAGCCUUGCAUAAUGGCUCCCUGCCUUCUCCAGUCCCUGUCAUAUCCCUAGUGCCUCGCCUAAGAACUGGCAAGCGUUGAGCUGCUCAAGAAAUGUGAGCCCUGAACAUCCACCACACUCUGUGCUGGGCUGAUUUGGGUCUCCCUGUCAGGCAGGGAGACGUUUUUUAACUGGGCUUUCUGCCCUUGGGGAGUCUUUCCUCCGGUCAAGUCCAGAGUCCACGAGGCAGACAGCCAGAUGGUCGGAUGCGCUGCCCAGUAAGGCCAGGAGCCAAGGGCGUAAUGCCCAGCCCCACCAAGCACGGCCCUUCUCUCCAGGAGAAUUGUCAGUGAGUAAGGAGGUCCCAGCCCAGGCCCAGCCCUUGCUGGAGCUUCCUAGCUUCCUUCCUUUGCUCACCUCACGGCUUCUUGGACCCCUUGGAAAACCAAGAGAUUUUUCCAACCCUAAAAGAAAGUACAUCUGCUUUGGAUGGAUGAAAAUCAGUGCCCAUCUUCUAGGCUAGAGGGUACUGAGAACUAAGUGGUAGGGUAGACUUGAGAACACAAAGAAUGUUUCUGUACUUAUUUCACAAAAGACAAGUUCAGUAGACUAAGCAGGAUGAUUGUUCCCUUUGGUGAUGGAACAGGAAACUAAAGUUCAUUAAAAAUAUCCCUUAUUCAUUUUAAUAUGUUGAAUGGAGUAACUUCAGAUUACUAUGAGCUUGUCUUGUUUUUAAUAGACUUGUAUGUGUUGCUUCAGUGGUUUCCAGGUUAGAGCAAGGUUAUUGUAAUUUAAAUGAGCAGCCUGAAAAGCUUCCAGCGUGGUGCUCUGGGGAUCUCUCCUCUGGGCAAAUCUAUUAGAAAUGCAUAAAACCUUAGGACAUGGUUUUUGGGGAAAAUCCCAUGACUUUAAAUGAGUUCUGUUACUAUUGACCUUUUACAAGGAGAAUAUUUUCCUUGAAAAAAAAAAUCAGCUUGUCAUCUUUUUCCCUUUGCCGCUUAGAGUGGAGACAGCGGUGCCUUGAAUUAUGCAGAAAAAAACUCUCUCUUUAAAAAAAAAAAAAAAAAAAAAGGCAUUUUGGAAACCACAAGGAUAAGAUUCCCAUCUGUCCAAAAGCUUUUAGAAAGAGCUUUUAGAAAGAGGACCUGUGAAAAACCACAGGUCUCUAGGCCUUAUCUUCUACAUUUUAUUGCAAAGAUUCUCAAGUCUGGUUUUGUAACCCUCCAGAUUGGAGUCCCUGGUUUCCAAGGGGUUCACAGUUCUCCCAGAUGAGUGAUUUUCAUUCUUUUAAAAAGUGCUAAACUCUACAUGCUGCAUAGCAAUUUAAAUUAAAAACAAUAAAAAUAAAAACCUGUAUUAAAAACAAUACAGGUUCACUAGGUAAAAAAAAGUUGGGUACAUAUGUCUUCAUAUUCUACUAAUAAAUAAGCGGGUUUGGGGACUUACCUUCUGAAGUCUGCAACUUCAAGAAAAAAUCUACACUGUGGAUGGGUUUUUCUGGUCACUAUAUAAAGCAAAUAAACUUAAAGCACUUUGUAACCACAUAUUUACUCUGCCAAAUGCCUAUAUUCCAAUAAAAUGUUCAUCCUUGAA